CUACAGGUAGGUGGGAGCUGAAGAACUCACACAGGUGAAAUGUUGCUCAACAGGUCUGAUGGGAAACAAUGCUUACGUACAGUAGCCAGCAGAGAUACUGAAAGCCUGACAGCUCAUUCUCUCUCAGUGAGGACGAGUGUGUAUGGGACACUGUCACUCUGGAGCUGUCUGCACACUGGAGGGCUGUGUUUCUCCUGACCUCUGCACAUUGGAAUACUGAGCCUCUCUUUUUCCCUCCCUUUCUGUCUCCGGUCUUAUCCGGGGGAAGGAAUUCUGCCAGAGCUGUUGAAGGGAGCUUUUUUUCCAUUCUUCCCCUCUUUCACACAAACACACACACGGGUUUCUCCUCCUUUGGUGUGUAGCCUGCGGUGGUGAGGGCAGACAUUUAUACUGUUUUUGUGGAUGUGUUGGUUGGACAGUGCAAAGUAGACAUGCUGCAAAAUGGCAGGGCUGGUGCCAUCAGCACCACAACCACCACUGAGUUACCAGACCUCAAUAAGAGGAGACUCAGGCGUCUCAGAUUAACCCUCCGGCCUGAGGACAGUCCUAAAACUCAGAAUGAAUCUGCCAGCUCUGGCGAGAAACUGGUUAAUGGUUCCUGGAAAAAUAAAAAUGGGCUCAUGCAGAGAGAAAGGCCCCCUGGGAGAGAAUCACCUCAACAAGAAGACAAGCCCCCCGUGACCAAUGGCAUCGAUCGGGAACAGAGCACAGGCACCAGCCACCAACAGGAAGUGAUGGCACGCGAGUUGUCUGUCAGUCACCUGAGGGAUGAGAUGAGGUACAUCAGAGAGGUACGUGACUCUUUGGAAAAAGUCAGAGAGCGGAUGUAUGGCCAGUUUGGAGGGAUGCAGCAGUCGGUGCAAACAUUAACUCAGGAAUUAAAGGCAGCCAACUCUCAUAAGCGUUACCUGGAGUCAGAGGUGAGGACGAGAACGGGAGCUAUGGAGAGCUUUGACCACAUGAACAGCUCCCUCAUAUCUGCAAACAUUGAUCUACAGAAAUCAUUGCUGGAAAGCUGUCAAAAUCGUGUGGGGAACAGAGAUGAGAUGAAAGCUCUUCGCAGCUCGCUGGAGAAGACAGAGGAAAAACUGAAGGAAACGGAAAGACAGCUAGCAGCAGCACAGGCUGAAAACCAGUCUCUCAAAAAUCAGGUCGAGACUUCUCAGGAGGCCAAGACUCAAGCUUUGAAAGAGUUGAGUGCUCAGCUACAGAGGGAAUAUGAAGAACAGCUGCAAGAACAGCAGAGGAAGUACAGAGAGGAGAUAGAAGCUCUGCAGGCACAGCUUGAUGACUACAUGAGGAGGCUUGAGGAGGCCGAGAGGAACGCUCAGAUAGCUGAGGCAAAGAUCGCUGAAAGAGAUCAAAGAAUUGCAGAGGUUGAGAGGCUACUAAACUGCAUGGCUCAGGAGAAGGGUGACCUGAUAAAAAAGCUUUGUGAAUGUGAACAACGCUUGCAUGGAAUGGACCAAACUGACAAUGCAGACAAAGCUGUGGCCAAACAGUCUGAGCAGCUAAAAGUAGAAGCAGCAGAACUGAGAGAGCGAAUAAAGCAUCUCAACGACAUGGUGUUCUCUCAACAGAGGAAGGUUAAGGCCAUGAUAGAGGAGGUUGAAACAUUGAGAGCAAAAGUUGCACAGAAGGAUAUGUUCAUCGCUGAGCUGCUGGACAGGAUUGCCUUAGUGGAAUGUGAGAAUAAUGAAUUAGGAGACAAGUUGAAGUAUUUUGUGUCUACACAGAGAGCAUCUCAGACUAAAGCAGCCACCCGGGACAUUGGAGUUGGCUGUGACCUCCCCAUUAGAUCUGAGGAGCUGCCGUAUGUUGCUCCUGUCCAACCCAGCCCCAUCUCAUCGGCCCUGAGAUCCUCUAGCAGACUGGACUAUAGCCUUCUAAAAUACACUCCUGGCCAGUACAGCUCAAUGCUGCUCUCCAGUGUACGUACACAAGAAACUUCAACCAGUCCCACACAAACGGCACCUCUAUCUUCAAGUUCUGUUCAGACAAGCCAUGAAGACGGGGACUCCAAAUCUCCACCAGGCUCAGAAGUGUCCUCUACCAGCAGUCCUAGAGCAAGAACCGGCCCGUCUCAGAUCUACACUCCUUUUAUGAAGCUGAUGGAGCUCUAAAAUGAACAUUGAUUGAAUGAAGUUUUACUGAAAUGGCAGUAGCAGAAGCUUAUGGGACAUGAAGUAUCGUUGUUUUUGUUUUUUUACUGCUUUUGUAACAUUACAGUACACAGUAUACGUAAAUAACCUACUCACCUGUGAAUAACUUAUUUUGGUAGUAUGUAUUCAUGCACUAUAUUUUGUUUUGUUUAUCAAAAAAAAUAAUAUUUUAUGUGAUAGCUUUCCAUAUUUUACAAUUAUCUAUUUAUAUUUCCAUUUUCUGAGACCAUGCUUAGAUUAUUUUCUAAAGGGUAUUACACCAAAUAUUAUUUUGUUAUAUAAAAAACUCAAUAAUAGGCUCUAUAUUUGAGAAAAUGAAUGAUGGUAGCUAUAAAUUGUGAUCAAAGCUCAUUACAUGUCUUGUAACAGACAAUGUUUUUUUUUUUCUUCAGUGUGUAUUAAUGUGUUUAAAUGGUUAUUUUUAAUUGUACUAAGAGAAUUGUUGACAUUAGUGGUCUCGCUCUCUGUUGCACUAUUCCCCCUUGAGUUACUGAUUCAAAGACUCAAAUUCCCCUCAUUAUGAUGACUCAUAAAAUUCAGAAUGCCAGUUUACAAAAAAUUACAAAUUAAAAAAGCAUUGUUUAUAGACCCCCAUUGUUCUAGAACGGAGUGCAUUAACCAAGCACAUAGUGAAGAAUGAUGAGAGGAAGCAGGCAUCUGUGGUUAAUGCACUUUUCUGAAGACUCACUUCAGUUGCCAAAAUCACAUCAUCUUUUAUGAUGACUGCAAAGGAAGGUUUAUAGACUACAUUUGGUAUUAAUAUUUUUUUGCUCACUGAGCA